GAGCACAGGGCGGGGAGCCCAGGAGUCUGAGCCCAGGAAAGCCAAGGUGCCUGACUAACGUGCCAACCCGCUGGGAGCUGGUGUGGACGGACAGAGGAGGGGGCCCUGUGUCGACGGUGAACCCAGCCAGGGGAUCCAGGCGAAUCUUCCCAUCCCAGAGCCCUUCAUCUAAUUGCAUGCACCAAGUGUGGUGAUCACCAUGACAACAGAGACAGGCCCCGAUUCUGAAGUGAAGAAGGCUCAGGAGGAAGCCCCACAGCCGCCAGAGGCCGCCGCUGCUGUGACCACCCCUGUGACCCCUGCAGGCCACGGCCACCCAGAGGCCAACUCCAAUGAGAAGCAUCCACCCCAGCAGGAAUCUCAGCCUGCUGAACAGUCGAAUCCACAGAGCCUAGACAUGGAGGAGAAGGACUAUGGUGAGGCCGAUGGCCUGUCUGAGAGGACCACACCCAGCAAGGCCCAGAAAUCGCCCCAGAAGAUUGCCAAGAAAUACAAGAGUGCCACCUGCCGGGUCACUCUGCUCGAUGCCUCUGAAUACGAGUGUGAGGUGGAGAAACAUGGCCGGGGUCAGGUGCUGUUUGACCUGGUGUGUGAGCACCUCAACCUCCUGGAGAAGGACUACUUUGGCCUAACCUUCUGUGAUGCUGACAGCCAGAAGAACUGGCUGGAUCCCUCCAAGGAGAUCAAGAAGCAGAUCCGGAGCAGCGCCUGGAAUUUUGCCUUCACUGUCAAGUUCUACCCCCCUGACCCUGCCCAGCUGACAGAAGAUAUCACCAGAUACUACCUGUGCCUGCAGCUGCGGGCAGACAUCAUCACAGGCCGGCUACCCUGCUCCUUUGUCACACAUGCACUGCUGGGCUCCUACGCUGUGCAGGCAGAGCUGGGCGACUAUGACGCCGAGGAACAUGUGGGCAACUACGUCAGCGAACUCCGCUUCGCCCCCAACCAGACCCGGGAACUGGAAGAGAGGAUCAUGGAGCUGCACAAGACAUACAGGGGUAUGACCCCAGGAGAAGCUGAAAUUCACUUCCUAGAGAACGCCAAGAAGCUUUCCAUGUACGGGGUAGACCUGCACCAUGCCAAGGAUUCCGAGGGCAUUGACAUCAUGUUAGGUGUCUGUGCCAACGGUCUGCUCAUCUACCGAGACCGGCUGAGAAUCAACCGUUUUGCCUGGCCCAAGAUCCUCAAGAUCUCUUACAAGAGGAGUAACUUCUAUAUCAAGAUCCGGCCCGGGGAGUAUGAGCAGUUUGAGAGCACCAUAGGCUUUAAGCUCCCAAACCACCGGUCAGCCAAGAGACUGUGGAAGGUCUGCAUUGAGCACCACACAUUCUUCCGGCUGGUGUCCCCUGAACCCCCCCCUAAGGGAUUCCUGGUGAUGGGCUCCAAGUUCCGGUACAGUGGGAGGACCCAGGCCCAGACCCGCCAGGCCAGUGCCCUCAUCGACCGGCCCGCACCGUUCUUUGAGCGUUCCUCCAGCAAACGGUACACCAUGUCUCGCAGCCUUGAUGGAGCAGAGUUCUCCCGCCCAGCUUCGGUCAGUGAGAACCAUGAUACAGGUCCUGACAGUGACAAGAGGGAGGAGGAUGGCGAGUCCGGUGGACAGAGGUCAGAGGCCGAUGAAGGAGAGGUCAGGACCCCCACCAAGAUCAAAGAGUUGAAGCCGGAGCAGGAAACCACGCCGAGACACAAGCAGGAGUUCUUGGACAAGCCGGAGGACGUCUUGCUGAAGCACCAGGCCAGCAUCAACGAGCUUAAGAGGACCCUGAAGGAACCCAACAGCAAACUGAUCCACCGGGAUCGAGACUGGGAGCGCGAGCGCAGGCUACCCUCCUCGCCUGCCUCCCCGUCCCCGAAGGGCACCCCUGAGAAAGCCAAUGAGUCCCAGAGGACCCAGGACACCUCUCAGCAGGACUUACUACCUGAGUCUGGAACAGUCACAGGCUUGGAAGUGUUCACGCAGAAAAGCCUCGCAGCAUCACCUGAGGGUUCAGAGCAUUGGGUAUUUAUAGAGAGAAAAUACAGUAGGCCAGAAGAACUCCGUCUCGUACAAAUGGCCACAACACAGCAGGAAGACAGUGGCACCGCCCUUGCAGAGAUUCUCGCUGACGGCAGACUCUCCAGGGUCGACAUUCUCGUGGACAAGUUUAAAGUUGAAGUGGCCACAGAAGAAAGAGUGGAAACCAGACGCAAGAACAGCCAGCAGCAAGGAAGGAUGAUUGCGAGUCCUGAAGAUUUUGAAUCCGUGUGGGAGGAAGGCCUAUGGGGGAGGGAAGGCCCAGAAGGGUCUUCCCUGGCUGCAAGCUGUGUGCUGGCUGAAGGGCCCAGUGUGGACACUGGGGAGGAAACCAGCAGGAACCUACAGGUCUCACCUGCUCAGCAGGAAAACCAUGUGGAUCUAAGGCCGGAGAUGGAGCUGUUCCAGACUUUUGGAGGGCCCACUGUCCUGGGGAGCAGGCUAGCAGAGGUGGACCUCCUGUCUCCAGCCUCCGACAAGGGAGGAGUCCAGUCAUUCUUGUUGGACCCAGCCCACACGGAAGCCAGAGCCGACUCAAGCGAUGAAACUGACACCUCCUUUGCCGAAAGGAGCUUCUAUUUAAACUAUGACGAGAGAGAUUCGGAAGACGGAGUACCCCCUGCCCCCCUGGAGAAGCGAGACGAGAGCUUGGAGGCUCUUCUUGGAGCUGAGACCAGGUUGGUGCUCUCGAAGAGACUUAGCCUAGAGGAUUCUGUGGUGAAUUCCUCAGGCCAGCCAGACUCUGCCGCAGCUUCUGACAGCAAGGAUGAAGCCCACACAACUUCAGAGGAAGUGACAGGGUCCCCCCAAAACCAUGGAAGACUGGAUGACCGUAAGGCAUUUGUUGAGCAGCUCAAUGAAGGCCCUUCUCCAGAGCAGGCGUUUGCCAUGAGCUGGGAGGUGGAAGGAGAGUUGAGUCACCCAAUAGCCAGUGUGUCCAAAGAGGAAGAGGCCCCUAUGGAUGGAGCUUCGAUGGGAAAGGCUGAGCAGAGUUCCCCAGCGGAACUGAAGGACCACUCACCGCCAAGACAAGGGGGCGUCCACCAAGACCUUGAGAGCUGUGUCCUGCCUCGGGCCGUUCCUCCUAGCACCGGAAGGAAACCAGCCAAACUGAGCAGAGAGCGGGGACCAGUUCACACCCAAACAGGAGAAGCGGAGACAGAAGACAGUGGGACCUCAGCCUUUCUUCAGAUGGAGGUGAUCACACCGAUUCCCGCCUCUCCUGAUCAAGUUCUGGCUCUGGGGGCUCUGGAGGGAGCUUUUCAAAACUUGUCCCCUGGUAGGUCAGUGGAGCCAUCGGAGCCCAGGGACUCCUUUGGAGAACAGCCCCCUGUUGCGCUCAGAUUUUCCCAUCCUCCCAACCAGAGUCUUGAUCCCAAGGACCCAGUCCGGCUGAUUGUGGCCCCUGAUGGAGAUGAGCACAGGGCACCUCCUGUCACUAGCAGAAAGCCCCGGAUGAUCCCUGAAGAAGCUGAGGGGGCUGCACCCGUGGGAUUAAUGGUUUCUUCAGGGAAGCAAAGGGAGAUGGCCUAUUUCCAGGCUGGGGGCCAAGGAGGCUCCCUGGAAGACAUUAGCAAGACCUCAGUGGCCAACAAAAUUAGGAUAUUUGAGACCCAUGGAGCUGAAACUCACCGAGCCAGCCAGGGUGAAGCAAGAACGCUUCCAAAUGAGCUGUCUUCGGAGGCCUUCACAGGCCAGGUGGAGCAACAGCGGAACAAGCUUUUAGACCUGGGCUUUAGCCAGCUGCAGCCCUCAGGGGACCUCGCCAGCCCGAAAGCCACACAUUCCUUUGUGAUGCCCCUGGCCACCAGGCACUUCAGCGAUGGCGCUCCUACCACAUCCCACCAGGAAGGCGGCAGAGAACUAGAGCUCUUGUCCCCCGAUUCAGGCUGUGAAACCACGCUGGAGGAAGCUACUGGGAACAAACCCAGAGAUGCGAUCAGGGAAGAGAAGCGCUUCACCAUCUUAGCAAUGGACACCCCUGGGAAGGGAGGGCGCCUGAGACUCGCCAGCCCCUCAGGCCCUCAGAGAGCAGGGCUGAGGGAGGGCUCGGAGGACAAGGUCAAGCCAGCACGUCCCAGGGCCCCCGAGAGUGACACGGGCGACGAGGACCUGGAUCAGGAGAGGGAUGCGGUGUUCCUGAAGGACAACCACCUGGCCAUUGAGCGCAAGUGCUCCAGCAUCACCGUCAGCUCCACGUCCAGCCUGGAGGCCGAGGUGGACUUCACCGUCAUCGGGGACUACCACGGCAGCGCCUUCGAAGACUUCUCGCGUAGCCUGCCAGAGCUCGACCGCGACAAGAGCGACUCGGACACGGAGGGCCUGGUGUUCUCUCGAGACCUCAGCAAGGGGCUCCCCAGCCACGAGGACGAGUCCGGGGACGUGGAGGACAGCCCCGACCGAGGGGCCUGCGCCACCCCGGAGAUGCCGCAGUUUGAGCCAGUGAAAACAGAAACCAUGACCGUCAGCAGCCUGGCCAUCAGGAAGAAAAUUGAACCGGAAGCCGUACUGCAGACAAGAGUCACCAGUGUGGACACCGCCCAGGUGGAUGGCAGUGCCCCCGGGGGGAAGGAGUUCCUACCAACAACCCCCUCCAUCACCACGGAGACCAUAUCAACCACCAUGGAGAACAGUCUCAAGUCCGGGAAGGGGGCAGCUGCCAUGAUCCCAGGCCCACAGACGGUGGCCACGGAAAUCCGGUCUCUUUCUCCGAUCAUCGGGAAAGAUGUCCUCACCAGCACCUACGGCGCCACCGCGGAAACCCUCUCCACCUCCACCACCACCCAUGUUACCAAAACUGUGAAAGGAGGGUUUUCUGAGACAAGAAUCGAGAAGCGAAUCAUCAUUACGGGGGACGAAGAUGUCGACCAAGAUCAGGCUCUGGCUUUAGCCAUCAAGGAGGCCAAACUCCAGCAUCCUGACAUGCUGGUAACCAAAGCUGUUGUAUACAGAGAAACAGACCCCUCCCCAGAGGAGAGGGACAAGAAGCCACAGGAAUCCUGACCUCUGUGAGGAGACGCUGGCGUGUCUGGUCCAACCCAAGCCAGAGAAGCAUUAAGAAGGGGCCUUCGCUCUGGAUUCUCCAACGCCACACUGACGUUCCAGCCGCGCCGUACUGUCCCUGAUGAGAGACUGGGAAAGGAAAGCAUAUAUAAAUAGAUAUAUAUAGAUAUAUAUACAGCGUCCUCGCACUGCUGCUGGGCUGGCGGAGCCGUCUGCCACAGCACCAACCAACCAACAUCCCGACACCUGCAUUUUCCUUUGCAGAUAAAUCAAAGAAUCGGUGUUUUUUUGGUUUUUGUUUUUAAUUCCAAGAAAAAUUUUGAAGAUAAAAUGAAGACAACAAGAGUCCCUCGCUCCCCCCCGUUUUCCGCUGCCAAGCAACAAAAGCAAGCCAGGCUGCCAUGAUUGUAGCAGUUCAACGGGACUCUGGUUCUGCACGGUUCAUUCAGUGGACGAACCGCCCUGUGCCCUUCCCCCGCCUCUGUGGCCCGCCCGAAGGCAAAGGACAAUCCUUUUGCAACAAAGCAAGAGAAGUCGCAGCAGCAAGGCACACGCUGUCCAACAUUUUUCCAAGAAGGAACACCCCCCCCCUUCAAAAAGAGGAGGAGGAGGAACACGGGGUCCUUAUUUGGGGGGUCUUGAUACUGGGCUGCAAAAUCUACCUUCCUUUCUCCUGCCUCCCCUCACCCUAGACUCCCAUGUGUCUUGUCAUUUUCUGUCUGGGCUCCCCCUUCGCCCUCCCUCCCUCACCUUCUGUGUCCUGAUCUUGCUGGGGGGGGAGGGGGGCACCACAGGACCUCCCUGAUGACUCAUUGGAAACCCAAAACCAGAAACCGCAAGAACAGGAAACGAAGCCACAGAAGGGAAGUAGACAUGGUCUGUGUGUGGUCUCCAUAUGAAGGUGCAGCUUGUAGGGUUUGUAUGGAUGUGCUUCUAAGUUAUGUAUAUUACAUAUAACAAGAAACAAAUAUUAAAAUAAACCGUGCUGGUGAGUAUGAAACUGACAUUUUAAGAUUAUAAUUAUCUGACUGUGAUUGAUGUAUCCCAAGGUUCUUAGAUCUCACUGAAUGGGCCCAGCAAAAGAGCCCGGGACUCUGGGUGUAGGGGCUGCCGGCUUCAGUGUAGUAAUACAGUGUGUGGUGUUUGUAAUUGGUUGAUUGGUGGAGAAGGGCGGGAUGUUCAGAAGGAGCGGAGGGGGCUGGCAAGGAGGAUGAAAUGCAGACCAGACGUAGUCCCGAACUCGCCAGGCUGACGCCUUUCCCCGGGGCACGCACGGCAACCAAGGCCUGGCCUGUGCUCAGGCCUGGCCUCCACCAUUCACAGGCGCUGGCAAAGGUCCCAGCUCAGGCCUCCCCCCGCCUCCCUGGGGGGCAUUGGUUUUCAGUACUCUCUUUUUUGGCCACAUGUCUGGCCUAAGGCACUCCAUCUCCUGCAGAAAAGGGUGCCCCCGGUCAUGGUGAGGAUGGUGGCUUUGGCCAGGCUGUGGGGACACUCCCAGGGCAGUCUCCUCCGCUGGCCCUUCUUUCUUCUGAGCCAUUCCCUUCUUCCUGGGCCCCAGAGUAGCCGUGGUAAGGAGGCUGUGAAUGCAGGGCAGGCCCUGGGCGGUCCAAGCUGCAUACCCAGAGGCCCCAGGGGCAGGUGGGGUUGCUUACGGGCUCCAUCGGUGUUUAAGGCCCUGGCUUGGGGAGACCGCCCCUUCCAACAGCUUCUGAGCUCUGAGCCUGGGUCCUUGAGCCCAGGAAUUGCCUCGAGACCACAGAAGCCCUUGGAGAAGAUCCUGCCACUAGCUUGGCAUUGCCCUCAAGCACACACAGGCUUGCCUGCCAAAAGCUCCUUCCCUGAGCUCAGCGAGUCCCUCCCUGGGGGGAACUGCCCCCUUUGCACUUUACUCAGUCCCACCAGGCCUUCCCAGUCCUGCUGGUAAUGCGGUCAAUGAAUUGUAUUCAACACAUGUUUACUGAGUAUCGAUCUGUGCCAGAUACCUUGCUAGGGCUGCAAGGGAACGUGUGAGGGAAAGGAGGGACAUGGAAGGCCAGCCUGAGUCUCCCAGGGUGGCCGCUCUAUUGGGGAACAUUUCCCCAAGCUCUCCAAGUUGCUGGGCCCUGGCAUUGCCCAGGAAUGCUCUCUGGACAGCCCGGGAUCCAUGUGCCCCCUUGGCUUGCUCAGUGGGUAACUUGACAGCAUAUACACUUGGCUGCUCAGCUGGCACUGGCCCAGACUAGCAUUUGCCUCGGUGGAGAAAGGCAAGUGGGCCGAGAGGCCUGCAAGGGGCCAGCUCAGGCCAGGCCAGUGGGCCCCCACCAGCACCCUUUCCACCCACCAGGUUUUUUUUACAAGCCUGGUAGAGACGCCACAGAACCUCCUUCUGCCCUUCUCAUCUUGAGAACACCUACUGUUGGGCCAAACAAGAAACUGGCAUGCAGCCAGCCUCUCUGGACGCCCCAGUCUCUGUAGGACCCAGGUGGCCUGGACAGGCACAGAGGGAGGAUCUUUGUCCGGGGCUCUGCCUCUCCCCGGCCCUGAGGGGUGACUUCUGGGAAGCGAUGAGGUGGCCAGGGAGAGGGCUGUCCAGUCCCAGUGGCUGCUCUGAGCUUGCUUCAGGGAGAAGGGAGCAGCAAAGCAGAAUGGAGGACGCUGGUUCCGCCUCACCCUCUGCAGAGAAAAUAUAGGCAUUUGUCUCGUCCGUCGACUUUGCCGUCAUGUCUUUCUUUUCAAAGCUUCUCAUCCUUUCUGCGCUGCCUCUCCACUCAGGAGGCGAGGUGGGAACAGCCCCGGGGGGAGGCAGUCAGGCUUUCCGGUGGCCAGCCUGGCUCAGCUCCUAUCUUACCAUGACAUCAGGCCAGCCCCUUCCUUUUUGGGGGGAGCCUCGGUUUUCCCACUUACACAACAAGCAGGUCAAGCCCGAUGCUCCCCGGGGGCUUUCCCCGCUCUGUCUGCCUUCCGAUCUUUGGUUCUCUUCAUUUCGCUUCCUCGGGAGCUUUUCCAUCGGAGGGUUCAGGAAGGGCCAGGGUCCAGGAAGGGUUUCCGUUUUCGAAUCCUGCAAGCACAUUCUAAGACUGGCCUGAAAUUGCAUGAGCAACAUCAUUUUAAGUAUUUUUUUUUGUCCCUGAAAGCACCUUACCAACCAACUGCAAGGCUGUCCUGUCCCUAUACUCCGCCCGUGCUCCCCUUCGUCCCAGCGCUGCCCCCCCCCCCAGUGCUCUGUGCUGUAUGCGUGUGCUCUCUGUUCUUGUAUACUCAAUAAAAGUGAAAUAAAUGUGUUUGAUGCUGAACCACAAA